CACCUCUCGAGUGAAUGCCAGAGAGUUUGUCGAUGGCGACAGGUUUGCUGGCGUGGCAUAAUAUGAUGAUGGAAGCUGAGUAAACUGACCAGGCCUGUUUAAAAAAAAAAGAGGAAACAGCAGAACAUUGUAAAGAAUGGACGAGUCUUUUGAUCCACUCAAGUGUAACGAGGACCUGCCUUCCUCCCCCGGGUGUCACAUGGAUUAUGAUGACAUGCCAGAGCUGCAGGAGGUGGAGGAGGACCAGAGGUCUCCAGGGUUAUUUCAGGUUGGAGCGGGAGUGUCUCACCAAGAACUCAGCUGCUCCCCCAGCACCAACUGGCUUACUGAACUAGCCAACAUUGCCACCAGUCCUCAGAGCCCCCUGCUGAAGAACGCCCCACAUAAGAGAUCAUCUCCAGUCCACAUCUUUGGCAACAGUAAUAGUUUACAUUCCUACGCCCGUCCCCCAUUAGCUAGUAGCGCACCCAACCCGUCCAGAGGCCACCUCAGGGAGCGCAGGCGUGUCAGGGCAAGCAGUGAAUCGGAGUCUGGAGUUUUCUCAAUGUCCUCAUCGUUUUCUGAUGAUGAAGACAUGGCCUGGUCUCACUCCUGGCCCUCCACAGCCUGGCAUUGCUUCCUUAAAGGAACUCGCCUGCGCUUCCAUCGAGGUCCUAAUGUGGAGUGGCAGGAAGCCGAUGAACUCGGGGACUCUGAUGAUGACUCAGAUGAUGAAACCAUGAUGCCAUCCUCCUCCUCUCUUAAGAGGUAUGGUUCAGAUGGGUUGAAGUUGGUGAGCCACGAAGAGACGGUAUCUUUUAGCCAGGCAGUUCUGAAGCUGACCUUUGACCCUGGCUCACCUGAUGAUGGCCUGUUAACAGCUGAAUGCCGAUUGGAUCACCCAUUUUUUGUCAAAAAUAAAGGGUGGUCUUCCUUUUAUCCGAGCCUUACUGUGGUGCACCAUGGGAUCCCGUGCUAUGAGAUGCAGUUGGGCGAUGUUUGCCUGCCACCAAACCACCCAGAUGCCAUUAACUGCGACGACUCUGUGGUCUUUGACACUUUCAGAAGUUACGACUUCACCCCACUAGAUUCCUCUGCAGUGUAUGUUCUGAGCAGCAUGGCUCGUCAGCGCAGGACCUCCCUGUCUAGCGGGGGUGCUGUCAGUCCAGACUGUGAUAAACUCGAGCGCUCCAGCUCCCCACAAUCCUCGACUAGCAAAUCAAACAGGAGCCACACCUCAGGGACAGCCAGUGGUGCCACGCCUAUAAAAUGCAAGCGGCCAAUGAAUGCCUUCAUGCUCUUUGCCAAGAAGUACCGAGUGGAGUACACGCAGAUGUAUCCUGGGAAGGACAACAGAGCCAUCAGCGUCAUCCUGGGUGACAAGUGGAAGAAGAUGAAGAGCGAGGAGAGGAGGAUGUACACCAUGGAGGCCAAGGCUCUCGCAGAGGAGCAGAAAAGACUCAAUCCAGACUGCUGGAAACGUAAACGAACCAACUCAGGUUCCCAGCAGACCUAGAUAAUCCCCCAGAAUCCCCAGCUGCUGGUGUUUUGGCCUAGAGAAGUGCUGGACAGAGUCUGAUGGACCGCUUGAUGCCUCUUUGCUCUCCUGUAUUCUUGAGACUCAACUGUGAUGCUGAAUUCACUUGCUUUUUAUAACCUUGAAGCAUUAUUAGAAAAAAAAAAAAACAGAAUUACCUUGA